AUGAAGAAUUCGAUACUAGAGUCUAGAGCUAACAGCGAAUACACGUGUAAGUGCCAUAUAACGAAGGCACAUCAGUUGUUCCAGAGAGAUGCACAAACUAUCACACCAGAAGCGCUUGAGAAUGUGAAAGCUGCUUUGGCAAGUAGCGAAACCGAACACAAAGCGGAGACUAAGAAGAGAGCUAUUCCUCGUAAAGCUGCUGGACAGUCUUGGGAGGAUCCUACUCUUGCAGAGUGGCCAGAAAAUGACUAUCGCCUGUUUUGUGGUGAUCUUGGGAAUGAAGUAAAUGAUGAUGUUCUUUCCAAGGCGUUUGCUCGAUUCCCAACCUUCAAUAUGGCCAAAGUCAUUAGAGACAAGCGAACUGGUAGAACCAAGGGUUAUGGGUUUGUGAGUUUCUUAGAUCCUGCGGAUCUAGCUGCUGCCCUAAAAGAAAUGAAUGGUAAGUAUGUUGGGAACCGUCCCAUAAAACUAAGAAAGAGUAGCAGGAAAGAGAGAACAGACCAGGAGGCUGCAGAAAGACAAAAGCAUCACAACAAUAAGAAAAAAAAGACGGUGAAGAAGAAGAGCGUACUCCACAAGUAAUAAAUCCAUGGUAUUCUGAAGGAGUACGUGAGAAGAAAAAAACAGAGGAUAAUUAUUGUACUUCCUACGUUUUUUUUUUUUGUUUUACAUAGUUCAUUAUUUGGAUUACAACAAUUAACCAACUUAGUUCAUGUUUUGGGUCAGCGUGGCUGGUAACACUAACUUUAGGAGUAGAAUGUUAUGCUUGGUUUGUACUGUAAUGAGUUCUAAUGAAGAUUCAG